UCUUAGCAUUUUGACCUAUAGUGUUUACACAAUGAGAAAAGGGACUUUUCAUUUUGGAGGCACUGACUAUUUGUAUGAGAAAAUUAUUUAGUUUUUACUGAUGAGUUGUCUGUUUUGGGAGAGAUAUGACCUUUUGCAGGUUUGCCAUGGAGUUUUGUUGAACCAUAUGGGUUCUUUUGGCAAAUGUAUUUAAAGCUUUGAGAAUGUCCUUUUCCGAGAGAUGAGCCACAGCAAUCUAGAAGGAACUUUUCAUUUUGGGGGCACUGACUAUUUAUAUGAGAAAAUGAUUUGGUUUGGAAGCUUGAGUUAACUGUUUUGGGUGAGAUAUGACCUUUUGAAGGUGAUCUUUGUAGUUGUGCUGAACCAUAUAGGCCAUUUUGCCAAUUGCACUUAGAGCUCUGAGAAUGUCAUUUCUGUUUCGUGAAAUGAGCCAAAGCAAUGGAGAAAAACUGUAACACGUAUCCACUAUGCAUUUCGUUGACUCAAACGCGGGAGGGAGGUGUUGCUCAGUCUACGCUGUGAAACGACGACAAAGAAGAAAAGCCGGCAGCCUCGCAUCGGGCGCGAAGAAGAAGAAACAGCACUUGGAGGAAACAUGGCUGCUGCCGGGUGUGAUCACUACGUCCGCAGCUGCUUAUUGAAAGCCCCCUGUUGUGGUAAACUGUACGUGUGCCGACUGUGCCAUGAUGCAGAGGAAAACCACCAGAUGGAUCGAUUCAAGGUCCGAGAGGUGCAGUGCUCUGGGUGUCUGACUGUGCAGCAGGCGCAGCAGACUUGCCAGCAGUGUCAUGUGCAGUUCGGGGAGUAUUACUGUGACAUUUGCCACUUAUUCGACAAGGAUAAGAAGCAGUACCACUGUCUACCUUGUGGAAUAUGCAGGAUUGGCCCCAGUGAGAAAUAUUUCCAUUGUGACAAGUGCAAUCUGUGUUUAGCUCAGGAUCUACAGGGAAACCACAAGUGUGUUGAAAAUGUGUCAAGACAGAACUGCCCAGUGUGUAUGGAGGAUAUUCACACGUCCAGAAUUGGGGCUCAAGUUCUACCAUGUGGUCAUCUGUUACACAAGACCUGCUUUGAGGCCAUGGUCAGAACAGGAGCGUAUCGCUGCCCUCUGUGUAUGCACUCUGCCUGGGCCAUGGAGGACCACUGGGAACAGAUCGACGUAGAGAUCGCUCAGUCACCGAUGCCCACUGAAUACCAGGGUGCUACUGUCAAAAUUAUUUGUAACGACUGCCAAGCUCACUGCACGGUGCCUUUCCAUGUGCUGGGCAUGAAGUGCACCGGCUGUGGCUCCUACAACACAGCACAGGAGGGAGGACUCAUCCAGCAGCCUCAACCACAACAACAACAGCCAGAGCAGGAGGUUGAGGAUGAGGCAGACACAGACACAGAGCCCGAGCAGCAAGAUCAACCUGAGUAACUCGGGCCACAUUAUCAGUUCAACCAAAAUGACUUUGACUGGUCCCCUUCAUUGAUAUUGAUUGCAACAGGUGGCAGAGCCAACAUUCUGUGAUAAUAUAUACAGCAGUGGCCAAAAGUUGUGAGAAUGACACAAAUAUAUAUGUUCACAAAG